GGUGUUUUCUCUGUAAAUAUGUCUAACUACCACUGCUGUGUAAACUUAUGUACGAAUGAUAAACGCUAUGAAAAUGGUAAGGAUAAAUACUUCUUCAACUUCCCUUCCAAGAAAGAAAAGAAAAAAGAGUGGAUUAUCGCUAUAAAACGAGAUCCUGGGCCGCUAUUCAAGAUAAAGAAAAAUUCGACACUGGUAUGUUCUGAUCAUUUCAAGCCGGGUGACAUUGAAUACACGUUGACAGGAAGGGUUCGACUGAAGCAAGGAGCUGUCCCGUCGAUUUUUAAAUGGACUAAAGAACAUGAAGGACGUCCAGAUAAUAGCCUGCAAAAGUUUAAAAAGCAAAAGAUAGAAGUGGAAUCACUACCAAGUGCAGCAGGAGAUAUAACAGAAAUGGAACAAGGAAUAGCCGAUAGAACCGAUGCUGCAAUGGAGACUGACUCACCUUACAACACAACAAACCCUGAAACAAAUGCCGAAGUUAGCACUGAAAUAAAUGGUGAAGUUAGCACUGAAACUAAUGCCGAAAUAAACACUGAAGCCGAGUCAGUCACGACUGCAUUAAAAGAAGAACUUGCGUCAACACAAAGAAAAGUAAAGGAACUUGAACUUCAGAUAGCUACUCUUUUGUUAACUUCUUUUGGUUCUGAAAGAAUUACUGGAAGUCCAGAAUUGACAAGGUUUUACACUGGCUUUCAUUCAAAGGAAAAACUUGAUAGUUUUUAUCGAUGGGUAGAACCGUAUGCAACUAAGAUGACCAAAUGGUCUCAAAUACAAAGAGCUAGAGGUAGGCAGAACUUCAAACGUAGAAAUAGUUAUGGCAGCUUUUCUUUGUCUCUUUAUGAUCAGCUAAUUUUAUUCCUGAUAAGACUUAGACUUGGCCUAGCUGAAACAGACCUUGCAGUUAGAUUUAAUAUCACUAAACCCACAGUCAGUAGAAUUAUAAUAACAUGGGCAAAUUUUCUUUAUAUCCUUCUUGGUCAGUUGCCAAUUUGGCCAACAAAAGUUCAAAUUCAGAAUAGUAUGCCAGAGUGUUUUAAGAGUACAUACCCCAAAACAAGAGUAAUUCUUGAUUGUACAGAGAUUAAGGUACAGAGACCUAGCUCAAAGGUUCUUAAUUCAGAAUUUUAUUCUUCAUAUAAAUCCCAUACUACUUAUAAAUGUUUAAUCGGGAUCGCACCCCAUGGCCCUGUGACAUUUGUCAGUUCUCUUUACCAAGGUAGCAUAUCUGACAAAGAAAUUACCCGAAGCAGUGGUAUAUUAUCAUUAAUUGAGGAAGGAGAUGAGGUCAUGGUAGAUAAAGGUUUUUUAAUUCAGGAUUUAUUACAAUGUAAAAAGGCUACAGUCACAAUCCCCCCUUUUCUUUCUAAAACCAAAUCAAUGCAAUUCAGUACAAAGCAAGUUUCUGAGACCCAACAGAUUGCACGAUUGCGAAUUCAUGUUGAACGUGCCAUAAGAAGAGUUAAAGAGUACCAAAUUUUUGACAAAGUCCUUCCCUUAUCACUAGCUGGUUCUAUUAAUCAAAUCUGGUGUGUUUGUUGUCUGAUGACAAAUCUUAGAGGGGCAUUAUUUUAAUGCUUUUAACAAUAUAUAAAUGAUA